AUGGACAAGAAGCCUACCCCUGGCAUCUUGAAUAUUGCUGCCGCUACUCGUGCGGCACAAACCAAGGGUGCCGAUUCUGCCUCUGCUACCGAGAAGUCAGCGGACUACCCGGCUCUUCCAACGCCGUCAUCCGCGACAUCUUUCAACACGACGACCGCCGCACGCACUGGACCGAAGACACUUCGGGUCGUGUCCACGCCCACCCCAAGGACUGAAGUCCCACCUCCCAUUAAUGCUGCGACGGCAAUCGCUGCUGCUGCUGGAACUUCGGGUCGCUCAUCGGUUCUGUCUUCUCACCGCCCAGGCACGCCCCACAGCGAGUUCCCAUCGGAUAGCGCUUCAGUGAUCUCAGGCUCGAUCACAACCUCGCGGCCCAAUUCUCCGCCGCCUGCGGGUGCCUCCAGGAUAGGAUCCGCAGCAGUGCGCUCUACUACGAAGAGCCAGCAGCGCAAACAACGCAAGCAGGCGACAAAGAAAGACGCAGCUGAGCUGAUCUCUACCCAGACGGUACCGGAGGAAGAGGUGCCAGUGAUUGCGCCCAUUCUCGGUCGCAAGAAAAAGCAGAGAAAGGAGAGGGCUGUGGCUAGUGGGCCGUCUACGCCUACCGAGAGUUGUGCGGCAACGCCGGGUCCUGUAGCGCAUGUUGAUGAUGCGGAUGCCGAGGCGACGCAAAAAGAGGUUCCCGUCAAGGAGGUCGAGCAACCUGUCCUCGUCAAGGACAAGGGCAAGCAGGGCAAGACCAGCACCGAUGGUACUAAGAACAAGGGUAAGGAUAGAGAAGAUGCCCGAGAGGUCUCCAAGGCAGAGGCAAACGCUCCUGAGAAGCCUCCCAAGGAACCGAUACCGGAGACCGCGCCGGAACGGGGGACAAACGAACCUGCGGAGAAGCAGGCACCAUCUCCAGCUACGACAUUACGGGAGCUUGAGAGCCAAGGUUUGGUUGACACCACUGCGAUCAAGAGCCUUCUCGAGCCUCCCCACAGUAUCCAUCACAGGCUAGAACGUUUGGAUGCCGUUACCACAGCCAAGGAGAUGUCGACUCCCACGAAAUCUGUCGUCAACGACGAAGAUCAGGUCAAGCUUCUAGGCGGUGAGGUUGUGCACAAGAUUGUAGAGGGCGUCCGCAUUAUGCUGACGCCAAAUGGCGAUUGUGUGCGUGGAUUGUCACCAGAGGAGGAGGCACGAUUCUUGCGACUGCAAGAGAGCUUAGCCAACAGCGCUGGCACUCCCGCAUUCUUCAUGCACCCGCGGUACGAGGCUGCCGGUGGUUUCAGUCUGAUCAAAGGGCGCGCCGUGCCCAACGGCCCGCCAUCUUUCUUCCCACCUGCUGGUAGUGCUUACGCCAGCGACCCUGUAGCCAAGAUUCAGCGCGAGGAGGCGAUUUAUUAUAUCAACCAAUUUGUCCUCCCCAAGUUGAACCAGGGCGCAGUCAACAGCCCUGCAGGCGGCAAGGCGAACGAGCAGUCGGAUGCCGGCAACUGCCAACUGUCGAACAUCGCACCAUGGAUACAGCCUGGGGAACCGGUGUCAGGGCCGGGAGCCACUUGGACCGACGAACCGCUCAUGUCGGCAUUUGAUGGCGACGUUGCCGCGGAUGGGCAGCCACAGCCCAUUCCGGGGCAGCCGCACAUGACGGCGGCCGCCAUGACUACGCGUGCCUUUGCUAACGUGCCGCUCAUGAGCGUCGAAGAGGCCGAGAAGACGCUACAGGCGGCGCGGCGCGAGACGGAGAAGCUCGAAAAGUCGCUCUACUCGGUUAUCAAGAAGAACCGGCGCCUGCUUCUGGGCACAGGUGGGAAUUGA